UUUCCGGUCCCUAUUGUCAUUAAGCGAGGACUACCUGUAUUUGGAAAUGUUUCUUCAGAGUGCCCCCUAAAGCCAUUCUUUGGAAGUGAAUCGGAAGCAGUGCCCAGCCCUAAUGUUGAGGCUUCGUCCACCGCUGAUCACGCAACCACAGAACUGUAGAGUUAGAAGAGACCGCAAAGAUCAAUUAAUCCACCUCUUACGGUUUUAGGCAGAUCUCUGCUUUUUUUCUCCCCUUCGCAGCAUCCUUCUCCGCUUUCCUGCCUCCACAUCUCACAAACAACUCCCUCCCCGUGACUCAUCUCAUCUGACGUUUCAUCUGCCCCUCGCUUGCAGCCUCUUUCAGUAAAGGGCGUGACGGCUCGAAAAUUGGGCAUUUGGAACGACUGAACUUUUUCCUAGGAACUUCUAAGCCUGGAUUGCAUCUCAGAGGGGGGAGGACAAGGUGGCUGGAAGCGGUUCGGGGUCUUUAACCCCAUAACCAUUCAUGGCCCCCCAACUAGUCCCCAAGAGGUUGAACUGCUCCUGAAACGGAGGAACCCUGCUGCUUCCUUCCCAUCGCAUGUAGCCUCCAGACUCAGGCAGAGUUUGGAAACAUUGCAACCACAGCUCUUUACACAACAUCUUGGGGUCUAGAAAAAAAAAAUAACCUUUUUUUUCUUUACUUCCUCUCUCCUGCUUUGCUACAUUGGGAUGAAGGCCACCAAGCAGUUCCUUGAGGAGAUCAACAAGUGGACGGUCCAGUACAAUGUCUCGCCUCUCUCCUGGAACGUCGCCGUCAAAUUCCUCAUGGCCAGGAAAUUCGAUGUCCUCCGGGCAAUUGAACUCUUCCAUUCGUACAGGGAAACGAGAUUGAAGGAAGGAAUCGUGAAGCUGAAACCCCACGAGGAACCGUUGCGGUCAGAACUCCUGAGUGGAAAAUUCACCAUCCUGAGUGUGCGAGACCCCUCGGGAGCGUCCAUCGCCCUCUUCACUGCAAAGCUGCACCACCCCAACAAAAGCGUCCAGCACGUGGUGCUUCAGGCGCUCUUCUACUUGCUGGACAGGGCGGUGGAAAGCUUUGAAACUCAGCGGAAUGGCCUGGUAUUUAUAUACGACAUGGCGGACUCCCAUUACUCCAACUUUGAGCUGGACCUCAGCAAGAAGAUCUUAAACCUGCUGAAGGGGGCCUUUCCGGCGCGCCUGAAAAAGGUGUUCAUUGUGGGAGCCCCCAUGUGGUUCCGGGUUCCUUACUCCAUCAUCAGCUUGUUGCUCAAAGAGAAACUGCGAGAAAGGGUCCAGAUGGUGAAGAUGUCGGAGCUGAGGCAACACCUGCCCCACGAAUGCCUCCCCGAGUACCUGGGGGGGUCUCUCAAACUGGACCCCCUCAGCUGGAAUUGCAGGUUCCUCCCGCAGCAGAACGGUCACCCGGACCCCCUGGAUGAGCUGAUCCUGGUGCCUCUGGCUCCCCCCCGGGACAACGGCUCCGUGCAUGUCCCGGGCCCCAAGGCUCUGACUCUCCAGGAGCUGCUGGAGCACGUGAGCCAGAAGCAGAAGCGAGGAAUCUACGAAGAGUACGAAGGCAUCCGGCACCGCAGCCCUUCGGGGACUUUUGGCUGUUCUUUAGCACCUUUGAACCAGGAGAAGAACCGAUACGGGGACGUGCCCUGCCUUGAUCAAACCAGGGUGAAGUUAACCAAACAGUUCAACUGCCAGGAGCUUACCGACUACAUCAACGCCAGCUUCAUGGACGGUUACAAGCAAAGGAACGCUUACAUCGGCACUCAAGGACCAUUAGAAAACACAUACAAUGACUUCUGGCGCAUGGUGUGGGAACAGAACGUGCUGGUGAUCGUGAUGACCACACGGAUUGAAGAAGGAGGCAAAAGGAAGUGUGGUCAAUACUGGCCACUGGAGAAGGACUUUCAGAUCUCCUACGGAGCCCUAACGGUCACCAACCUUGGGACGGAGAACCUCAGCCAUUACAAAAAAACACUCCUGGAGAUGUACAACUGUGAGACCCGAGAGAGACGCCUCGUGACCCAUUUCCAGUACGUGAGCUGGCCUGACUACGGUGUCCCUUCCUCCGCGGCAACGCUCAUUGACUUCCUGGGAGCCGUCAAGCAGCAGCAGAGGGUGGCCGUCAGUGCCUUGGGACCACGCUACAAAGGCCACCCGGGCGGGCCGCCCAUUGUGGUACAUUGCAGUGCUGGUAUCGGGAGGACAGGUACUUUCUGCGCACUGGAUAUCUGCCUGUCACAGAUACAAGACGUGGGUACCCUCAACGUUUAUCAGACGGUGGUGCGGAUGAGGACACAGCGCGCCUUUAGCAUCCAGACCCCCGAGCAGUAUUAUUUCUGCUACUUGGCCAUCAUCGAGCACGCACAGAGAGAAAACUUGCUCCCCCACUCCCAUCCCAGGAUGGGUCUGGAGAAGAGCUAAUAACGUCAGAAGGUCUGGAAGCUCACCAAGGUCCAAGCCACAGCAGGAACUAUUACGCUGUCAGAUCCCUCCCUCCCUCCCUCCCUCCCCUUCUUCUGCCCCUCGCCCUGCUCAACCCCUGGGCUUUGCUGGAGCUUCCAGGUGGACCCAGCCCAUUCUCUGCCAGCAAGGUUGGAGGGCAUUUUUCUCGGACUAGCUGGCUACGAUGAGCCAUGAUCAGUAGCCACAGACCAGGGAGCCCUUGCAACCACUGCCUUGACUGACCUGUGCCUUAUCGAAACAAAGCAAGCCGAGAACGACACAAACCUAUGGGCCUGCCUUGCCCUCGAGGUCAGUGGGCUGAAGACCUGACUCUUCCCCGUGGGGGUCUGCCCUACAAGAGGCUGGGAUGGAAGAACCACGCAACGCUUCAGUCUUAGCGGCCGCUAAGCCAGCCCGUGUGUUGUCUGUACGUCCGUGCAACGUCCUUCCCUUGCCUGGGGUGUAACCGGGAUUCCCAUUUAUAUAGUUGUAGCUGCUUCUAGCCAAGAUUCAGUAGCGCCUCGUUCUGAGGGGCCACGUCCAGUGUGACUGCCAAAGUUAGUGGCUCUGUCUGUCUCCCCCCACCCCUUUGCCCAGAUCUGCCCCCUCCGUGGUUGGCUGCCGAAUUCAAACACGCACACUCACAAGGAGCUUUCACCCAAAUGCCUUGAAGGGGGGGCACUCCCUAACAGGAUGGCGUUGCCGCAGAAGGGGGCGGCCAAACGGGGGUGGAGAGGGACGGUUAGGGUUAAUCAACCUCCUUUGAUGGCCCUUUGAGAGGCGACGGAAAAGGGGGUUCGCCCAAGGGCGUCCCUGGACCCCGCAGCGCCGGGGAGGGAGGCGGGAACGGCCAGUGUGUUUGUCCCUAGCCAGGAAUGUUAAGCGGCUGGUACGAAUAUGGCGCCAGAAAAAGGGUCCAAAUGAGAGGGGCAGAAGCCCCGCAGGAUUGGCGUGCGAGAGGCAGGGGGUUAAGCUGGAACAAUUCUCUUCCAUGGAGCCUCUUCUUCCAGAUGAAGCUGGGGAAGGGAGGAACACUUUGAGGCACCGAGAGACAGAGAAGGCUGUGUGAACGCGGGGCCCCCAACCACCUCCUUUCCUGUUUGUAGCAUGUGGGGCCCCCGAGCAGCCGGACGGCAAGGGCCUCCCAUCCAGGGGGGCUUGUGGUCUCCUCUCUCUCUCUCUGCUUGCAGAGACGUGACCAUGUUUGAGCCAACCUCAGUAACUUUAUACUGGAAUCAGAUCUUUGGAACAUGUACAUUUCUUAUUUUAUUUUUUACAACCCCUUCUCUUCUUCUCCCUUUUUGUUUUGUAUUUAAUCUUAACUUGCUCAAGCCCAAGUUGGAAAUAAUGGUAAAGGUCCCUGAUCGCUGUUCCACAGUGAA